GUGUGCUUACAGCAGUCUGGUGCUGGGUUUGGCUUCAAACGAAAAAUUGCCAUCAGAUUUCUUACAUUUACUGCCCAGUACCAACGAUUAUAAUUUAUCUGAAGUAUUUCCAGAGAACUACGAUAAAUACAUGCUACCGAAGCAGUCAGAUGGAAGAUCAAUAAAGAUCUAUUUCACUUUCGACUUGCAGAAUGUUCUGCAGGUGGACGAAGAAAAUGGCGUGCUACGGUACCAAACGUUCUUUUCGUUCGCCUGGGAGGACCGGCGACUGGUCGUACCAAGAUCGGCACGAAACUAUUCCAGCAUCACGCUCGACUCAGAUCUGAAGGAGCGUAUGUGGCUGCCCGACAUCUUUAUAUUCGGCCAGGAGGACUUCGAACAGGGUCGCCUGCUGCAGGACGUCGGUCGACUGCACCUGCUGACCAGUGGUCACGUGUUCCUCUCCAUCUACUCCUCAUAUUCGGUUGGCUGCCAUCUGGACUUCUCAGCAUACCCAUUUGACGUUCACACAUGUGAUUUGAUCGUUGGAAGUUACUCUCAGACACAAGAACAAAUCGAAAUGCUCUGGGCACCAAGACAACAUGCGGUGUUCGAAGGAAAGGCUUUGAAAUUCAACACCUUUAGCAUAACUUUCCAGAGAGCUGGCCCUCACACAUUCUGCUUUGGAGAAGGAAGUCAAAGGAGUUGUCGCCGCACGGUGUUGGUGAGCGUGCGUCUGAAGCGCAGCACCACCUUCUUCUUCUUCCACACGUUCUUGCCGUGCGUGCUGCUGGUGGCCACGUCCUGGCUGAGCCUGCUGCUGCCUCCCGACGUCAUCCCUGGACGGAUGGUCCUCUGCAUCACCUCGCUGCUGGCCCUGCUCACCAUGUACACAUCCAGUCUCGGCAGCAUGCGCGUAUCGUACAUCCGCAACACGGACGUGUGGUUCGUGGGUUGUCUGCUCUUCGACUUCCUCAUCAUCCUCGAGUACGCCGUGCUGCUAUGGGUGCAGAGGGAGCUGGCGGAUGGGGCCGCGCGCUGGACCCGCGUUACACCCUUUCAGCUGCGCAAGGAAGCGAAUGGGAAAGCCGACCCGAAGCCGACCGUCAGCUUUUGGCAGCGCCUCCGGAACCCCCGAUACAUGGACCACGUGUGCCGCUGGGUGCUGGCAGUGCUGUUCACGCUGUUCUGCGUCGUGUUCCUCGCCUACACGCUGGGUCGGAAAGGAGAAGACGCUGGCGAGCAGGCCAGCUGAGGAGCCAGAUAAUCACCUGCUCUACAGCAAAUGUGAUAGGGCUGUUGGCAGCGCCAUGGCUGCAGGCGAACAAAGUCAUGCAUACUUAGUUAGAGGGAGAGUUCAGUGUUUUUCUAUAAGUAUAUCCUUAGGCACAUAUGCGUUGAUCCGAAGUUGAAUAUAGUAGUAGGUAUAUAGGUAUUUACUUGCGUAAUUAGAAACAGAGCAAUAAUUCAUUGAAGUAAGCAUUUGGUGUCGAGGCCCGUUUCAUUGAUGGGUUUUUAGGUCCACUUUUUCCACCAGUCUGUUUUCAGCUACCUUUCUUGACAGUUGUGUGAUC